AGGUGGUGAUUUGAAGCUAUGUCAGCUCCUCUCCUGAUUUUCACAUCUUUCAUAGAUCUCCUGAAUUUUUUAGUGAUGCAAAUGUGAUCGAUUUGGUUCUCCGUUGUGUGGUCCGGUGAGACCCAUGUAGCUUUGUGUAUGCGUUUGCGGAGGAAUAUUGUGCGGCCUAUAACCAGUUUGUUGGAUGCACAUAAAUGUGCAAAUCUCUCGCCAUUUUUGUUUCUCUCUCCCAGUCUAUGUCGUCGCAUGAUAUCUUCAUAUCCGGUGUUGUUCAUUCCGACUUUGGAGUUUAGGUCUCCCAUCAGGAUGGUGAGAUCGUUUCUUAAGCACUUCUCUAUGAUUGAUUGCAGUCUCAUAGAACUAGUCCUCAUUGUCGUCGUUGCUAUCAUUGGCUGGUGCAUAACACUGGACAACAUUCAUUACGUUUCCCCCUUCCUUGUUUUGAAGGAUGCCCAGGAGAAGGUUGGAUAGAGAGCUCUGGUGGGCGAUCUACGCUCUUCGACUAGGGGUAACAGGCGUAAGUAAAGUAAGAUUUCAUUUGUUUUGAAGGAUGCUUUGAUGGUUCUGGAUCCGUGAGAUUCCCAUCCCAUAUGCUUAUUUGGACAGCAUCAAAGCAACUCCCUGAGUUUGUGGAGUAUUUUCUUGUUUGUGACCAGAGUACGUGAGCAUCUCUCCCGAACAUAACCUUUGCUGUCCAUUUUUGGUCCAAAGUGUUUCACUGAUUUCGAGAACCGCCAAUUUAUAUCUCCUGAUUUCCGUUGCUAUUUCACUGGUCCUCCUGAUCUCCCACAUUGUCCGGACGUUCCAUGUACCUAUAAUAUUUGUUACUGUGGUUUUUAGAAGAAACAUCUGCCUCAUGACUUCGGAAGAAUUUCAGCUUCCAUCAUAAGGCGUGAUAAUUAUUCUGAAUGAAGAUGCUUCAACUCGGAGGGCAGAGUUUAAAUGGUUUAAAUUGUUUAUUCUAGUUAGAGUUUGUUUUUAGCAAGGUUGUUUUUCUACGGGAUGGGGUUGCUGAUCUCACGCCCAACCUUCUUCGUCUGUGUGGGGUUGGGACAGGCAAUAGCCCUAGGAGAGGUACAAGCUGAGUUUUGGUUUCCAUACUUAACAUCUAAUUCUUCUGGGACUGUUGUUUUUGUUUUAAGGCAAUUGAACUCUGACCAAUAUCAUGGACUCCAAUGUAUGCAUGAUUGACGACUUUUCCGAUCUUAAGGAUCUAGUUGAGAAGUCCCGUAAUGUUAAGGCAGAUGUAUCUGAUGAAAUCAAGAACUUACUUGCUAGAAGAAGUGAAAUAGAGCAUAAAUUAAAAAAGAUAAACUCUCUAAUGUAUGCAAACCCGUUAGCUAUACUUUUUCUGUAGACCUGAUUUCCAUAAGUUACAAGUAAAUGCCGAAAAUUCUUCAAAAUUGGUCGGUUGUGCUUCGAAACUUGCUCUACAGCUCAGUGGGAAAGUGGAGCAAUUAGAUUUUGUAAAAGUAAUCUUAUUGAAUUCCUAGUAUUUUUCAGAAUCAUGUUCUUAAAUGUGUAGAUAAACUAAGUCAUAUAAUUACUGUAAGGAACAGUGCAAUUGGAGUGAAACGAUGUCUCAUUGACUCUAAAUUAGAUGAAGUAACGUAGUUGAUUUUCACAGUUAUUUUUAGGCCGCUGGUUACGUGUUUACGUAUCUGGAAAUGGAGAGAGAUAUAAUUUCUCUUAUUUCGCGUCUGUCAGCGGAUAAUCCUGAUAAUAAUCCAUUGACAACUCUGGAUGACAGUCGACAAAUUCUUGUGAAGAUGGCAGUUGAGAAAUUCGAUGAAUAUGUUUCGAAACGAGAUGAAAAGAAUAUAGUAUAUUUAUUAAAAAUAUUUUUCCUAUUGGGUGAAACCAAUGAAGGAAUUCGACGAUUUUCUAUAUAUCUUUGCUCAUACAUUUCAAAUAAAUGUGAACUAUUGAUAACUACUAAUAAAUCAUCUUCGCAAUCAUCGGAAUUUGUAUCGGCUAAUUUAAUCACAGAAAUUCUAGAGUUUGUUGCAGAUACAUUGAAAAAUAAUUCAAUGUACGUCGAAACAUACUGUGGUCCAGGCAACAUAUUCGGGCUUGUAUCUUCUGUUCAUUGUGUUGUUGACCGAUACGUCAAGUGUGUAGUCGAGCGCUUCUAUGCUUAUCAUCAUCUUGAUGAACUGUGUUCAAUGCUCAAGAAAUCAAAUAGUAAUAGUUUGAGCAGUAAAAGACAUGAUUCAUCAGCUCAGUCGAUCAAUAGAGAUAAAAUAUUGGAUUCAAGCGAAUUAGGAUCGGAUCGCGUAUUAGUCAUUGAGCCUAUAAUUGUUGAAACGCUCCAGAUCAUUACUUGUUCAGAACUUUAUUUGAGAUUUAUACAGAGGCGAAUUUCUGCUGAUAUUAAACAGUGCAAUCUCGCAGAAGAUGAUUUUAAAAAGAAAAGCAAUAAGAUCUCCAAAUUUUUUGAAAAUUCUCAACUUGUUUGUCAAGUACAAGAUUUACUCAGCAAAUAUCUUAAUUUAGAACAAUAUUAUCUCCGUGUAACAAUUAUGAAGGCAUUAAGUUCAGAUGAAGUCGACAAAUCUAAUAAUGUAUGGUGUUUUAUUGACGAUGUAUUUUUCAUCACCAAAAAAAGUCUUAUUCGAUCUCUUUCAUCUGGUAAUGUGGAUACUAUUUGUGCUAUGGUGAAUCAUAGUUGUUCAAUACUAAUUGAUCUUAUGGUGAAUGAUUUUCUGGGCAACAUUAUUCGUACAGGGUUUCCUUCAGGUUGGGUGCAAGAUGCAUACAGUUAUGUUCAGAAUAGUGUUGCUGUGGCUGGUUCACUUAGUUCUUCUUCAUCCAUUGUCAAUGCUCCAACAGUAUCAUCAUUUAAUAUGAUUGGACCUAAUGCACUUGCAAGAUAUCAUUUUCUAGUUACUCUUAAUAGUAUUGAAGCAUCUCAAAAGAAUUUACUGUCUCUUGUUAAUCAUCUUGAAAGUGAAUUAAAUUUACUUUAUCAAAAUCAAGAAAUCAAUUCACAGAAACUUAAUAUGUGUAUCACGGAAUUAAAAGUUUCUAUCUCAGAUCAACUUCAAGCAUUACUUGAUUCUGCCUUCGAGCAUCUUUCAACUAGUGUUAUUCAAAGUCAAGUAAAAACAUUGUUAAAUGUUUUCAAGUCAUUGAAAUAUGAUUUACUUGAGGAGGAUUUAGAUGUUUUCGCUGCUAAUGAUAGAUGGAUUGAAUCAUGUAUAGCUCAUACAGAGGAUUUUCUCAGACCAUUUAGGUCUGUCUUAUCAACUGAGAAUAACGAUCGAUUUGUAUUGAUUCUCAUAAACGAAAUUUUGCAUCAACUUGAUCAAUUAAUUCAAAGGAAAUCAUUCAGUAGAUUUGGAGCUAUUCAGUUAGAGAAAGAAUAUCAUAAUUUGUUUGCCUAUUUAACAUCGAUAUCUUACAGUUCUUUGCGUGAUUAUUUCACGCGUAGUUUACAGAUCUGUAGACUUUUAAAUUUGGAUCGAGUUGAAGAAGUCCAUUAUUUUUGGAAUAGUUCUAAUUGGCGUCUUACUGCACACGAGGUCAGAAGUAUUCUAUCUCUAAGACGUGAUUUCGCCGUCAAAGAAAUUCGAGCACUUAAACUACAAUGAUCUCAUCUUAUCAGUUAUCUUUUCUUUUUUAUUUUCUGAAUGUAAUAUGUAACAUAUGGUUUUUUGUUUUUUCUAAUUUUACAAUAAAAUUUAUGAGAUCCCAA